UUCAGUUAUCGCGUAGCCGCCGUGUGUGUCGCAGGACUCGGAUUCAGUUAUCGAGUAGCCGCCGUGUGUGACGGACAGCCGCCGACGCCUCAGGUUCGCGAUUGGAUUUAAAGUGCAUUCAAUUAACAUAAAGUGUAAUUAAAGCCCUCAAUCGCUCUCCGCUGAUGCUCAUUAAAGGGAAGCGAACGAAAAGUGAGCAGCGGCUGCGAAACUAAGGCCAUUAAAGCGCCUUCGGAGCUCUCCGUGUUGAACGGGCAGCAGUGCAAUUGGAAUUCAAUCAAGUUGAACGGAAAUUGUCUCAAAUUAAAAUUGAGUUCCCAUUUACAUUCAGCCUCCAUAAAUUGGCAUGGCUGCGAAAAUCGCUGCCCACUUAAGAGGGCCCACAUUUAGCAGGCGCAGCAUCAGCAUUUUAAAUGCAGCAUUUCACCCUCGAGUGAGUGGCAAGAUGAAAAAGUACAGGUGUGCAUUCUAAAAAUAACAAACAACUCGAGUGAGAUAAAAACAGCAACUGCGACCGAGGUGUAAAGUGCUAACGCAAACACAAAACUGGCGAAGGAGCGUAAACAAACAUCGCAACAUAGCAACCUAAAACGGCGAACAAACAGCGCUGAAGGUUGUCCUGCCGGAUCCCUGCGAUUCUGCGGGCUUGUGAGUGUGUGAGUGGGCCAACGGAAGGAGCCAAAGUAAGCGCAAAAAAUGUGCAAGUAAUGUGCAGCCAGUAGAGUGCAAUGCCAUCCGUGAAAUCCGCCGAAAGUGAGAUUCUUCUUGGGAUUAUUAGGAGCGACAGCAUGACGAACGGCCAUUCCUUGAGGUCCUGCCUUCUGCUGGCCACCGUCCUGGGAUUACUCUGCCGCACCAAGGCGCUGCCCUUUGAGUAUGUGGACGAGCACGAGGACUUCAACUACGACCUGGACACGGCCCAAUCGCAGGCGAAGUACGACGCUCGCCUGCUCUCGCAACAGAUGCUCAGCGAGGCGGAGUUGCAGCUCCAGCGGAUGAGCGGGGGGGCGCAGGAGAACGGCUUGGACGGCGACUCGCCUGGAGCUCAGGGGAGCGCAGUGGGAUCCGAGCUGGAAGCUGCCUCCUCGGCGCAGGAGGACCUCGAACCGCACAGCAGAGCAGCAGCCUGCUUCACCAACGGACACAAGUACACACACGGACAGAAGGUGCCCCGCCAGGAUGCCUGCGAGGUGUGUCUCUGCAUGGACGGCGAGAUCUUCUGCUGGUGGGAGAAGUGCGAUAAGGCCAAUGCAAACAAGGCGGCAGCGGCAGCGGCGGAGGCGACGGAGGGAAGCAGCCAUAAAGUUAACGCCGGACUUGGACUGGCUGCUGGUGGUGGUGCUCGUCUUAGUGUUGGCCAAGGCGGUGGCAAUGGAAUCAGCAACAGCAACAGCAACAGCAAUGGCAACAGCAAUGGCGACGGCGAUGGUGACUACUCGGAUCCGUAUCGCCACGAGAGCACAACGGGAAAGUCAACAAAAGCGCAUAAAGCUGCUAGGAAAGUUGGCAAGCGGCGCAAGCAUCACAAGAAUCAAAAGAAUUUUAAUGACUACGAAGUUUACCACAGCCAGCGGCAGAAGCAGCCGGAUUAUAAAAAGUCCACCAUUAAGCAGCAGCAGCAGCAACAGCUACAGAAGAAGCUCAAAAGUGACGGCGGUGGCAACUACAAUAUAAUCAAGCAACACAAACACGAGCAGCAGCAGCAGGAACAGCAACAACAACAGCAACUGUAGCAGCAGCAGCAGCAGCAGCAACAGCAACAGAGUGUGGCAGCUUUGGCUGUUAAUCAGACGGCGAAGGCGACGCAUUAUCAGCAGGCAGCUGCCUCGCCGCCCCCGCAGCACAACUACCAUCCGCACCAGCAGCCGCACUCGGCCAGCAAAAUCCUGAACUUCCCCGAGAACCUGCCGGCCUUGCUGUACUACGACUACAAGACCGAGGAGCACGAGCACCACCAGCACCAGCACCACCAGCAGCACUUGCUCCACGAGAAGCAGCGCCUGCUGCAGCAGCAACAGGAGGCGUUGGCGCGACAAAAGGCGGCUGCCUCGGCAGCGGGAUCGGAGGCGGAGUUGGGGGCGCCAGAUGCUGCCGUUGAACUCGGCGGCGACAAAAACUCUGAUGAGGCGGAAACCGACAGCGAUAUUCUGCCGGAGCCGCCAACAAAGCAGCCCAAGGCAGCCGCCGCACAAUGGCCAACUAGCAGUACGGCCAGGGCGCUGAUGACAACCCGGCCAGUUGCCACUGUGGCAGCCACGUCUGCCUCAACGACAGCGUUGACAGGAACAAAUGAAAUGGUGACAAGCACGCUGUCUGGCUUGGAGAAGUCCGGAGCCACGGUUGCAGCCACAAACGACGGACAGCUGCAACAUGACGCCGCAGGACAUGACGCGGAGCCCGAUGACGCCUUCCACCGAUGGCUGACAUCCACCGAGCUGAAUGCUGACAACACAAACUCGCUGGACGACAACUCGGAGCAGGAAACGCCGCCAUCGACAAUAAUCGAUGAUGUUGGCCUGGCCAACAAGAGUGACAGGAGCAGCGGCAAAGACAAUGGCAGCGAUGCCGUCUUCUUUCGCAGCUCGUACAACGAUUACAGCAGCGAAUUCAAUGGGAGCGUUGUCAAUAUUGACAUUACACUAACUGCAGUUGAUGUGCAUCCUCGUCGCCAAACGGAUUUAAUUGCAAAUGGCAACAGAACGUCAGGCGUUAACGACAAUGGCAACAGCAACAGCAACAGCAACACCAAUAGCAAUAGCAAUGGUGGUGCAGCAGGGACAACAAUGGACCCACAGGCAGCCAGCAGCGGCAUCAGCAGCAAUAACAGCAAUAGCAGCAUCAAAAGCAACAACAACAGCAGCAGGAGCAAUCAGGAUCAGCCUCAGCAGAGUCCUCGUGUUCCGCCGUACACCCUGACAACGAUUAUAACAACGACGCCGAUGGCACCAGGGCGUAUGUGCAAUGUUUUGGGCAAACUGUAUAAAAUUGGCGACAUUCUGCCACAGGAUACGGGCAACUGUCUGCAGUGCAUUUGCACGGACGCCGUGACACCCGACGAGAUGCCGAGCGUCACCUGCAGUCCGCACAAUUGCCCGCCGCUGGUUCUGCCGGAUCUAUUCGAUGCGACUGGUUACUGAGGUUACGGGUUUGUGCUGUAAGUUGGCGGGGGACGGAGAACGGAGGAUGGAGUUCGCUGGAGGAUGUGGCAGACGCGGAGUGCGGUGGAGGAUGUGGUGCCCGGUGGCAGGUGACACGCCAAGGGGCGUGGGUUUGUAUAGUUUUCGGAUAGAUCGGAGCGUGAUUUAAAUUUUGAAACCGAAGCCACAACUGCAGCAAGCCAUAGGAAUCGAAUCGAAUCGAAUCGAGUUGAAUAGCAUCGAAUUGGAUUGAAUCACAACAGAACACUCACAAGUCUCACAUGCAAGGUCUCAACUAACUCAACAUAAAUUGAAUGGAUUUCAGUGUAAAGCCCUCCCUAUCACGAGUGCCACGAGCACUCUCUAAAUCGAAACCUAUCAGUGAACACAUAUUAUAUUCGUACUACUAUAUAUACCGAUCUGACCAGAGAAGGAACGGCGGGGGUAAUGAAGUCGAGGCACAGUCUAGAUUUUAAGCUGAAUGUUUAUGCAUUUUAUAAGGACCCGAUGUCAUCUUUCUCCUCGUGUAGUUGAUUGAGCCCAACAAGAAACCAUUAAAUGUAUACAGCAAUAGAAAUCGUAAUGAAUUUAUAGAUGUACCACAACAGAAGUAUAUAUAUACUAUAUAUCAGCAUAUACAUUUACCAAUAUAUAUACCUAUAUCUCUAUACCUAUGUGUGUGUUGAGUUCAGUAGAGUCAGUUUAAAGAUUAUUUCCCGACUGAGACAAAGCGCGCAGAGUUUUCAAUACAUUUAAACAGAGGAGAAACAAAACAAAAAACCAAGGAAAAACUUAUACAAAUAUAGGCAACUAAAUCUAUAACGAAAAAAACUGAACAAUGACAAAUAAUGAACAUACGUGUGUAAUAUUUUAAUUUUGAUAUUAAAAGCAAACAAAGUAUUUAUCAUUUGCAUGCAUGAACUGUUAUUGUUUCGCGCUUCUUUAGAAAUUUAUCUAUACGUAAUCUACGAAUCGAAAAUAAUGUAGUGAGUAUGGAAGUUGUUUUAACAAAGCUGAACUUGGCAAAGAAAGACACCAUAUCGAGUAGUUAUAACAAUUUUAAGACAUAACCCCUAAAUGUAUUUAAACAUAUGUACACCUAGAAACUUUCCAAUAGAUUCAGUGAAUUCAAAAUUUACAGCGACUUCCGAAAACGAUUUUUUUUAGUUUUGUUUCUGGUGGCAAAGACAGCAUUUAUUUCAAAGCAAGUUUAGGCGUGAUAAACAUUGAUUUAUUCGGAAGGGGUUAAAUUAAGAGAAACAUACUUGAAAAGUAGAAAACAAUUUCGAUUAUAAGGGAAUCAAAUAAAUUCGGGCAAGCUUUUUAUGAGCGAGGCCGAACAGAACUAUAUAGACACACGAAACUGAGAAAUCAAAAUGCAAAAUAUACGUACACACAUAUAUACCGAGCGUACACACAUAAACAAACAUAAAUAUUUAAUAUCGACGUACCGCAAGGGAAGCACAAACAGAAGAGCAUAUGAUAAAUUCAAAGAAAAAAUAAAACAAAUUCAUCUUGGACGAGCGUAUUAAAAAUGUAUACAAAUAUGCGUAUUUAUGUAUGUGUAAAAUAAAUGUAACUACAACUCUCAACUAAUCUGCAAACUCACAUUCAGAUGCACGAGCAUCCUGUGUUUAAAUGGUAUUUGUGUUUGAAAUCAAAUUGAAAUCGAAUCGACAUAAAUAAACCGAAACCAACUAAGGCAUUUCAAAACA